AUACGUCAUGUCAUCCCUUUCCUUCAGAAACGAGAAUAAAAGUCGGUGGUUGUAUUUGAUGAAUGUUUAUUGAAAAAGUAUACAUUUCAGCAAACAAAGAAAGGCACACGACUACAGAGGACAAAGAUAGGUACAAGGUCAGUUGAUCAGCACGUCUGUCCUGUCUGCCAGCGAGGAGGAGGAGGAGGUCUCUGUUGUUUAUUCAUUUACGUCACCCCUCUUUCAAUCCCUUCCUCCUUCCGUCCUGCUCUACGUACACCGUCAACGGGGACACAACGUUCAAACUGUCUUCUCAUAUUAAAACCCGACACAAUCACUUCGCCACCAUAAACCUCUUUUGGAACCAGGAGGAAGCCAGCAGGCGCCUGGUUAGAUGUGAGCCCAGGGCUAUGGCCAGACAGGUAGAUUCUGGCACUCAGACUGAUCCUGUGGUGGUUCUGUCUCUAGCCCAGGCUGCUGUUCUGGGCCUCAUCUCUCAGAAUGAGGUGUUCGGUGCUACCAUCGCUCCUAAUGGCUUCUACACAGGAGAACCUAAAGAGUCCCCUGCCCUGCCUGUAGAGGGGGUGGAUUACGAAUACGCUGAUCAGCUGAUAGGAGCUAACGGAGAUUACCUGGGAGACAACCUGCCUGAAGACGGACACAUGCAGCCCAGCUGUAGCCAGAGGAGGUGGCACGGACCACCCCCCGAGGGGAAGAUGGUAGGACCCGAGCGCCAUGCUGGAGUGCCUGUGGACGGGUCAUCCCAAGUGAAAGGAGAGGGGGUUAUCACUGGCCUGACGUCCUGUGUUCACAUGCUGAACAACCUGGCUACUACUAGAGGGGGAUUGGUCCAGGUUGACCCCGCCUCUCUCCGUGCCGCCGCCCAAAAAGGCUGUGCCGAGUGUGACAGAGACAUGUCCAGCCAGCAGGCUAACACACACCCUCACACACACUCCCAGGCCGGCCACAGCCAUAAAGGGGAGCCGGGGCAUCGAGGCCUGCAGGGGCAGAGGGGGCAUCAGGAGAGAGCAAGGGGGGAGGAGGAGGAGGAGGAGGAGGGAGAGCAGGGAAACAGCCUGAUGAAAGGAGGACAGGAGGAGACUAUCAGCAGCUACUUCCAGUCCAGCGAGGUGGGGGGGUACGAGGGGGGGGAGAUCUACCAUGAGAACAGCCAGGGUAUGAUGUGGGGCAACCAGCUGGAGCAGGGGGUGGCGGGAAGAGGAGGAGCAGGAGCAGGAAGAGGAGGGACCCAUCGUCACCACGGCCGGAGGGUUGACCGUCUAGACAUCAACAUCCAGAUAGACGAGUCGUACUGUGUGGACAUGGGGGAGGGGCUGAAGAGAUGGAAGUGUCGUAUGUGUGAAAAGUCUUACACCUCCAAGUACAACCUGGUAACUCACAUCCUGGGUCACCAGGGCAUCAAGCCCCACGCCUGCCCCCACUGUGGGAAGCUGUUUAAACAGCCCAGCCACCUGCAGACCCACCUGCUCACCCACCAGGGAACUAGACCUCAUAAAUGCACCGUGUGUAAGAAGGGCUUCACCCAGACCUCCCACCUGAAGAGACACAUGCUGCAGCACACCGACGUCAAACCUUACAGCUGCCGCUUCUGUCGCCGUGGCUUCGCCUACCCCAGCGAGCUCCGCGCCCACGAGACCAAACACGAGCGCGGGCGCUGCCACGUGUGUUCCCAGUGUGGCAUGGAGUUCCCCACCUACGCCCAUCUGAAGCGCCACCAGACCAGCCACCAGGGACCAACUAGUUACCAGUGUACAGAGUGCGACAAGUCCUUCACCUACCGCAGCCAGCUGCAGAAUCACCUACUGAAACACCAGAGUCCUCGGCCGUACUCCUGUUCCCACUGCGGCCUGGAGUUUGUCCAGCUGCACCACCUCCGCCAGCACGCCCUCACACACAAGGGAAUGAAGGGUCAUAAGUGUGAGGUGUGUUCCCGUGAGUUCACCUUGUCAGCCAACCUGAAGAGACACAUGUUGAUCCACAACAGCAUCAGACCCUUCCAGUGUCACAUCUGCUUCAAGAGCUUCAUCCAGAAACAGACGCUCAAAACGCACAUGAUCGUCCACCUGCCCGUCAAACCCUUCAAAUGCAAGGUGUGCGGGAAGUCGUUCAACAGAAUGUACAACCUGCUGGGUCACAUGCACCUCCACGCCGGCUCCAAACCCUUCAAGUGUCCUUACUGCUCAUCCAAGUUUAACCUGAAAGGGAACCUCAGCCGACACAUGAAGGUCAAACACGGCAUGGACAUCUCACCUAACGGACAAGAUGCUCUUCCUGAGAUGGAGGGCCAGGGCCACUAUGAGGAGGACAACUUUGACUUUGGGACCUCAGGGGCCAACAACAACAUGGAUAAUGGAGGCUCCCAGAACCUCACCAAGCUCACCACGGCAAACAUGGACGACAUGGACAACUAUUACAGCUUUGGGAAGGAUACAGCUAACUACAACACGUCUUGAGCAGUAGGAGAAUACUGUUAAUGGACUACAGACCAUUAGACACCAUGGGUUAAUGGUGGACUAACUGCAGACCAUGGGUUAUUGGUGGACUAACUACAGACCAUGGGUUAUUGGUGGACUAACUACAGACCAUGGUUUAUUGGUGGACUAACUACAGGCCAUGGUUUAUUGGUGGACUAACUACAGACCAUGGGUUAUUGGUGGACUAACUACAGACCAUGGGUUAUUGGUGGACUAACUACAGACCAUGGGUUAUUGGUGGACUAACUACAGACCAUGGUUUAUUGGUGGACUAACUACAGACCAUGGUUUAUUGGUGGACUAACUACAGACCAUGGGUUAUUGGUGGACUAACUACAGACCAUGGUUUAUUGGUGGACUAACUACAGACCAUGGGUUAUUGGUGGACUAACUACAGACCAUGGUUUAUUGGUGGACUAACUACAGACCAUGGGUUAUUGGUGGACUAACUACAGACCAUGGGUUAUUGGUGGACUAACUACAGACCAUGGGUUAUUGGUGGACUAACUACAGACCAUGGGUUAUUGGUGGACUAACUACAGACCAUGGUUCAAUAGAGAGGAAAACGCCACACUGCUGCUCCCAGCUGAUAUUUCUAACGUUUCCACCCGUAAGUCUUCAUCAGGUAUCCAGGACCUAAUGGUGGAAACAUUGUUCUAAGUAAAUAUCAGCUGGGAGCAGCAGCGUUUCCCUGUCUGUUUUCCAUGAGCUCACCUACAACUCCAGCACCUGAGGAAAGCACCUGGAUGUGGAGAGGAGACCAUGGGUGGGGAACAGACAACAUGGCUGCCGUGCUGUGGCAGUGAGAGAGACUGGGUUAGGGCCGGCUGUGGCAGUGAGAGAGACUAGGUUAGGGCGUGCUGUGGCAGUGAGAGAGACUAGGUUAGGGCGUGCUGUGGCAGUGAGAGAGACUAGGUUAGGGCGUGCUGUGGCAGUGAGAGAGACUGGGUUAGGGCAUGCUGUGGCAGUGAGAGAGACUGGGUUAGGGCGUGCUGUGGCAGUGAGAGAGACUGGGUUAGGGCGUGCUGUGGCAGUGAGAGAGACUGGGUUAGGGCGUGCUGUGGCAGUGAGAGAGACUAGGUUAGGGCGUGCUGUGGCAGUGAGAGAGACUGGGUUAGGGCAUGCUGUGGCAGUGAGAGAGACUGGGUUAGGGCGUGCUGUGGCAGUGAGAGAGACUGGUUAGGGCAUGCUGUGGCAGUGAGAGAGACUAGGUUAGGGCGUGCUGUGGCAGUGAGAGAGACUGGGUUAGGGCAUGCUGUGGCAGUGAGAGAGACUGGGUUAGGGCGUGCUGUGGCAGUGAGAGAGACUGGGUUAGGGCAUGCUGUGGCAGUGAGAGAGACUAGGUUAGGGCGUGCUGUGGCAGUGAGAGAGACUAGGUUAGGGCGUGCUGUGGCAGUGAGAGAGACUGGGUUAGGGCGUGCUGUGGCAGUGAGAGAGACUGGUUAGGGCAUGCUGUGGCAGUGAGAGAGACUAGGUUAGGGCGUGCUGUGGCAGUGAGAGAGACUGGGUUAGGGCGUGCUGUGGCAGUGAGAGAGACUGGGUUAGGGCGUGCUGUGGCAGUGAGAGAGACUGGGUUAGGGCAUGCUGUGGCAGUGAGAGAGACUAGGUUAGGGCGUGCUGUGGCAGUGAGAGAGACUAGGUUAGGGCAUGCUGUGGCAGUGAGAGAGACUGGGUUAGGGCGUGCUGUGGCAGUGAGAGAGACUAGGUUAGGGCAUGCUGUGGCAGUGAGAGAGACUGGGUUAGGGCGUGCUGUGGCAGUGAGAGAGACUGGGUUAGGGCAUGCUGUGGCAGUGAGAGAGACUGGGUUAGGGCGUGCUGUGGCAGUGAGAGAGACUGGGUUAAGGUUAGGGCGUGCUGUGGCAGUGAGAGAGACUGGGUUAGGGCGUGCUGUGGCAGUGAGAGAGACUGGGUUAGGGCAUGCUGUGGCAGUGAGAGAGACUGGGUUAGGGCAUGCUGUGGCAGUGAGAGAGACUAGGUUAGGGCAUGCUGUGGCAGUGAGAGAGACUGGGUUAGGGCGUGCUGUGGCAGUGAGAGAGACUAGGUUAGGGCGUGCUGUGGCAGUGAGAGAGACUAGGUUAGGGCAUGCUGUGGCAGUGAGAGAGACUGGGUUAGGGCAUGCUGUGGCAGUGAGAGAGACUGGGUUAGGGCGUGCUGUGGCAGUGAGAGAGACUAGGUUAGGGCGUGCUGUGGCAGUGAGAGAGACUGGGUUAGGGCGUGCUGUGGCAGUGAGAGAGACUGGGUUAGGGCAUGCUGUGGCAGUGAGAGAGACUGGGUUAGGGCAUGCUGUGGCAGUGAGAGAGACUGGGUUAGGGCGUGCUGUGGCAGUGAGACACAGGGAGGGGGUUCAUGGACCCUUUAAGAACCAGAACUGACCUGUCCUGAUGGAGGGGCAGGACAUGCACUUCAACAGCCAAUCCGCUCCACCCGUCUCUGAUAGAAGUGACUCUGAGACUGACGAUUGGGUGUAGAAGUCCUUUGGUAUAUUCUACCAGACAUGAUUGGUCUAGAAGUCCUUUGGGAUAUUCUAGCAGACAUGAAUGGUCUAGAAGUCCUUUGGGAUAUUCUAGCAGACAUGAUUGGUCUAGAAGUCCUUUGGGAUAUUCUAGCAGACAUGAAUGGUCUAGAAGUCCUUUGGGAUAUUCUAGCAGACAUGAUUGGUCUAGAAGUCCUUUGGGAUAUUCUAGCAGACAUGAUUGGUCUAGAAGUCCUUUGGGAUAUUCUAGCAGACAUGAUUGGUCUAGAAGUCCUUUGGGAUAUUCUAGCAGACAUGAUUGGUCUAGAAGUCCUUUGGGAUAUUCUAGCAGACAUAAAGACUAUAGCGGCAGAUCUAAACUGUGAUAAGUUGUGGGAUGGAACUGUAUCAGCACUCAGAAAUCAGUUUUACACAGAGACAUCUUACCCACCGUGGAAUCAUUCACCAAUAAGUAUGUUUUGACAGAAGACCAGAUGCAGUAUAACUCUGAUCUUAGAUCCAACUAGACACACUGUAUACAGCGCCUUCAGAAAGGCUUCACACCCCUUUAUACACAUGUGUUACACCCUGAAUUUAAGAUUUGUUGUCACUGGCCUACACACAAUAAUACCCCAUAAUUUCAAGGUGAAUUUAUGUUUGUAGAAUUUUUUUAUGAAAAGCUGAAAUGUCUUGAGUCAAUAAGUAUUCAAACCCUUUAUUAUGGCGAACCUACAUAAGUUCAGGAAUAAAAAUGUGCUUAAAAAGUUG